CAACAAAAAUAGCAGCCAUGCAGACAAUUAAGUGUGUGGUCGUUGGUGAUGGUGCUGUUGGUAAAACGUGUCUCUUAAUAUCCUACACAACAAAUAAAUUUCCUUCGGAAUACGUACCAACGGUAUUCGAUAACUAUGCCGUAACAGUUAUGAUCGGUGGAGAACCAUAUACUUUAGGAUUAUUUGAUACUGCAGGGCAGGAAGAUUAUGAUAGAUUACGACCUCUUAGCUAUCCACAGACAGAUGUGUUUCUUGUCUGUUUCUCCGUGGUCUCUCCAUCUUCAUUUGAAAAUGUGAAAGAAAAGUGGGUACCAGAAAUUACUCACCACUGUCCCAAGACUCCUUUCUUGCUUGUUGGGACCCAGAUUGACUUAAGAGAUGACCCUUCAACAAUCGAGAAACUUGCAAAAAACAAACAGAAGCCAAUCACUCCAGAAACAGCAGAGAAACUUGCUAGAGACUUGAAGGCAGUAAAAUAUGUGGAGUGUUCUGCCCUCACACAGAAAGGCCUAAAGAAUGUAUUUGAUGAGGCGAUAUUGGCCGCCCUGGAGCCCCCAGAGCCCAAGAAGAAACGCAAGUGCGUGCUGCUAUGAACACCCACCAUCCAUGGUCCUCCUUCUGCAAAGCUGGUGUCGACGUCAAACUAAAAGCAAUGUUUAAAUCAAACUAAAGAUGAAAUACAAUUCCCCCCCCUGCCCAACGUUUACCACCCUUAAACAAAGGGGUGUCCGAAAAAUCAAACCCAACAACUUAUGUAACAUAAAAAUAGUUGAACAAUUGUGUAUCUUCAGGAUCACACAUAGACACACACACAUUGUUACUAGGUUUUUUUUUGUAUAUUAUUUACUGUAUCUAACGUCUUAUAUUAAGAGCAAGGCAUGCUUUGUAGGUAACAGACUAAUUUUAAAGCUCUGUUUUAUCAGCCCAACUCUUGUACCAAGUUGGCAGGAAUUUUUUUUUCUGUUUUUUACUGUAUAAUUGCACAAACAUCGGGCAGGUUGGCACGUUGUUUUCCCACGCUCACCUAAAGUCUAAGACCCCAAUAUAAGCCUGCUGCCAAUCUAGGACAUGAGUUAACACUAGACAAGCAUGAUUCUAGUUUCCAAAAUCAAAAUGUCCUUUGUAAUCUACUUCCUCGACUGUUAAAGUCCAGGUUUCUGACUCUUGACAUAUAGAGUCGAACCAUUUCAGCACUGACUCUCCAGAAUAUUUCUCCAUCUUUCAUUUCUAACUCCUUUUUUUAAGUUCGAGGGUAGAUAUGUGUUGGGUGCCUCUUUGGCAGAAAGUAGGGAUUAUUUCAUCCCCUGGAGUAUCUUGGCAAACAUAUUAGACUAAUUUAGGUUUAGUCUUUUCUUGAUCACAUAAUUGAUUUUCUUACCAAUAUGUCUAACUAAUGAAUACAAAUAGUUUCACAUCCAUGUUAAAUAGAUGUGCCUGAUUUACAUUUUUUGUUUAUGUUGUAAGGAGGGAGUGGUUUUUAUUUUGUUUAGUUUGAUAUUUGAGGGACCAGUCAUUGUCCUAUUAAUGUACAGUUUGCAUGUAAACCUAACCCAAGGAGCCUGGGAUUGAAUUCAAGUUUCAGAGAUAAUGUAAAGAAAAUAUAGACACCAGUGUUAAUACAGAUUUUACCAAAACCACAUGGUUUAUUUCCAGAACUAUUUUUAAUAUUUAGGGAAUAUAUUCCACCUUCCCAAAUUAAUAACUUGUAGACUCAUUAGUGUUUUCAACCGAUGGUUUGUUUCAUGUCUCCGUUCUUUGUAUAUGCAUACUUUUCAGAUGUAUUAAACAAAAAAUACUGUCAAAAAA